GCUAAGCAAAUAAUUGGAUGGUUGGGUCCGAAACCAAAAUAAGCAAAACGAAGAGAGAGCAGUUCCACAUUCACACUCUUCCUUCUUGCCAUGUCCAUGGCUUCCUCGAACAAAACGUUAUUGCUCAGCACCUUCUUCCUUCUCAUCAUCAUAACGGCUCACCAAGUUUCGACCUUGAAAUACCCAUUUCACCCUCGGGACCUUCUCCCUCUGCUCCCAAAGCAACUCUCUUGGCCGAUCCUCAACUCUCUCCACAGUGCGGUCGACCUUCUUCCGGUCUUCGUCGGCGCCGCCUCUAACUCCUCCUCACCGGAUAACUCAGUCGAGUGGAAAGGUGCUUGCUUUUAUGAGAACAAGGCUUGGAUGGUGUUCCAUAACAAUAGUCAAACCCAGUAUGGCGGUGGCACCCUUCACUUAAAGGUUAGCGAAGCUCAUAGUUGGACAUGCUUAGAUCUUUAUAUAUUUGCUACCCCGUAUCGAGUAACAUGGGAUUAUUAUUUCCUUUCACGGGAGCAUACACUCGAGUUCAGCGAGUGGGAAGGCAAAGCUGAGUAUGAGUAUGUGAAAAAUCAUGGGGUAUCAAUUUUUCUUAUGAAGGCUGGGAUGUUGGGAACACUUGAAGCACUAUGGGAGGUCUUUCCUUUAUUUACAAAUACUGGAUGGGGUGAGAACUCCAAUAUCAACUUUUUGAAGAAGCAUAUGGGAGCUUCUUUCGAAGCACGUCCUGAGCCGUGGGUUACAAAUGUCACCGCUGACGAUAUCCACUCUGGUGAUUUCCUUGCUGUUUCAAAGAUCCGAGGUCGUUGGGGUGCUUUUGAGUCUCUAGAGAAGUGGGUUAGUGGAGCGUAUGCUGGACACACUGCCGUUUGCUUAAGGGAUUCCGAUGGAAAGCUUUGGAUUGGGGAAUCAGGACAUGAAAAUGAAGAGGGAGAAGAUAUAAUUGCUUUGAUUCCAUGGGAUGAGUGGUGGGAAUUUGAGCUGAAUGAAGAUGACUCCAAUCCCCAUAUUGCACUUCUUCCUUUGCAUCCUGAUGUUCGUGCCAAAUUUAAUGAGACUGCUGCCUGGGAGUAUGCAAGAAGCAUGGAAGGAAAACCAUAUGGUUACCACAACAUGAUCUUCAGUUGGAUAGACACUUUAACCGGAAACUAUCCGCCUCCUAUAGAUGCUAAUGUGGUUGCUUGUGUUAUGACAAUUUGGAGUCAACUACAACCUGCGUAUGCUGCAAAUAUGUGGAAUGAAGCUUUGAACAAACGACUUGGCACUAAGGGACUUGAUCUUUCACAAGUUUUGGUCGAAGUUGAAAAGCGUGGAUCAUCUUUUGAACAAUUGCUGACGAUUCCGGAGCAGGAUGACUGGGUCUACAGUGAUGGGAAGUCAACUUCUUGCAUUGCUUUUAUACUUGAAAUGUACAAAGCGGCUGGAUUGUUCAACCCAAUUGCUAGUUCUGUUCAAGUGACAGAGUUUACAAUAAAAGAUGCAUACAUUCUGAAUUUCUUCGAGAACAACUCUAGUCGAUUGCCGAAUUGGUGCAAUGAUGGAGACACUGUGAAGCUUCCAUAUUGUCAGAUCAAAGGAAAGUACCGAAUGGAACUUCCGGGAUACAACAGCAUGGAACCGUAUCCUCAUAUGAAUGAAAGGUGCCCAUCUCUUCCCACAAAGUACUACAGACCUGAAAACUGCUAGGAGUCAUCACUCAUCAUCUCCACUCCAUGGGAUGAUUCUUUCACCAGAUUUUUUUGCCUCUUAGAUUUGGAUCAUUUAGGACAUACCAGAUGAAUUAUUGAUAUUGGUUGUAAACAUAUGUUGAAAUAAGAUGUUAUCAACAGUUCAACAUUGUAGAUGUUCUUGUAUCAGAAAGUUCAUGUAUCAUGGAUUAUGAUUAUCUUUAUAGUUUGUAGCUAAAUUUGAACAUGUAAAUAUAUACAAGAUUGCCUU